UGUUGUGUAUAGGUAUUCUCGACAUCUCUUAAUACCUGCGAUGUACACAAAAAUGAAUUUCCUUCCACUUUUUUGGAUCGGCAUCGUGCUGGUGCUUCCACUCGGUUCGAACGGAAAUGUGAUACCAUUAACAGACUCAGAUUUCGAUGAAAUGACUUCGCAAAACAAAGUUAUGGUUAAAUUUUAUACGAAUUCGUGCGGUUACUGUAAGGAAAUGGCUGAGCCGUACAAUGACUUGGCAAAAGAAUUAAAGGAUACUGGCUCCGACAUUAAGGCGGCUGAAGUCGAUUGUGAUAAAUAUCGUAAUUCGUGUGUAAAAGGGGGCGUGAAAAGUAUCCCUACGCUCAAAUAUUAUAGAAAUGGAUAUCCUACUGAGUACAAAGGGUAUCGGACUGCAAAAUCCAUGCUUCAAUGGCUGACAAGCCAACCAACACAGGAUGUGCAGUCUGCACUACAUACACUACUAUCAGAUGUCUAGGAACGUACAUAUAUUCGUGAAUGAACUUCUAAAGCAUUGCCUAUGUACAUUCAUCAAAACCAUUGCCAGAAGAAAACACGAAUUUUGUUAAAAGCAACAACGUUAAAUUAUACCAUAGCUACUGGAAUACAUCUGUGAAAAUUUGUUUAUAAUUUAUCAAUUUGAAAUUCAUAAAAUAUGUUCCACUUUACCCCACAUAAAGUGUGUUUAUGCGGCGAA